CCCGCCGUGAGCCGAUGGGGGCGGGGAGAAGGCCGCCUGGGCCGGAACAAAAGCCGGAUCCCGGGCGGCUGCCGGCGGCUGGAGCGCUCCGGGUAGUGGGGUGAGUUGGACCUGCGGAGGGAGCGGUGCACACAGACUUUCGCAAGGAGCUGACUCCUGACACCUUUCCAUCAUGGGGAAAAUGGAUGUGUCAGGACAAGGUGUUAAGGAAGGAAGGGUGAAGAAAUUCUCAACACAGACUCUUUGAAGUGAAAGGGACAUGUGGACCUGGUUCUUGGAGAAAUGGUCUUUUCUCAGCCUGGUGUGGAUUUUCCUGGGGACCCAGCUUCAAGUCCUGGGUCUCAACUCUGCAUAUUAUCAGUCAGGUUUCUUGGGUAGAGCAGGUCCCUCUGCAGCCAUGUCUGCCAAGGCAAUUUCAGAGCAGACGGGCAAAGAACUCCUUUACAAGUACAUCUGCACCACCUCAGCCAUCCAGAAUCGGUUCAAGUAUGCUCGGGUCACCCCUGACACAGACUGGGCCCGCCUGCUGCAGGACCACCCGUGGCUGCUCAGCCAGAGCUUGGUAGUCAAGCCAGACCAGCUGAUCAAGAGGCGUGGAAAGCUUGGCCUAGUCGGAGUCAACCUCACUCUAGACGGAGUCAAGUCCUGGCUGAAGCCACGGCUGGGACAGGAGACCACAGUUGGCAAGGCCAAAGGCUUCCUCAAGAACUUUCUGAUCGAACCCUUCGUCCCCCACAGACAGGCGGAAGAGUUCUAUGUCUGCAUCUAUGCCACCCGCGAAGGGGACUAUGUCCUGUUCCACCACGAAGGGGGCGUGGAUGUGGGUGACGUGGAUGCCAAAGCCCAGAAGUUGCUUGUUGGUGUGGAUGAGAAGCUGAAUCCUGAGAACAUCAAGAAACACCUGCUGGCCCACGCCCCUGAAGAUAAGAAAGAAAUUCUGGCCAGUUUUAUCUCCGGCCUCUUCAAUUUCUAUGAGGACCUGUACUUCACCUACCUUGAGAUCAACCCCCUCGUUGUGACCAAAGAUGGCGUCUAUGUCCUUGACUUGGCAGCCAAGGUGGACGCCACUGCUGACUACAUCUGCAAAGUGAAGUGGGGUGACAUAGAGUUCCCUCCCCCCUUCGGGCGGGAGGCGUAUCCUGAGGAAGCCUACAUUGCAGACCUGGAUGCCAAAAGCGGGGCAAGCCUGAAGCUGACCUUGCUGAACCCCAAAGGGAGGAUCUGGACCAUGGUGGCUGGGGGUGGCGCCUCCGUCGUGUACAGUGAUACCAUCUGUGAUCUUGGGGGUGUUGAUGAGCUGGCGAACUAUGGAGAGUACUCGGGUGCCCCCAGUGAGCAGCAAACCUAUGAUUAUGCCAAGACGAUCCUCUCCCUUAUGACCCGAGAAAAGCACCCAGAUGGCAAGAUCCUCAUUAUUGGAGGCAGCAUCGCAAACUUCACCAAUGUGGCCGCCACGUUCAAGGGCAUCGUGAGAGCGAUUCGAGAUUACCAGGGCCCCCUGAAGGAGCACGAGGUCACGAUCUUUGUCCGAAGAGGUGGCCCCAACUAUCAGGAGGGCUUGCGGGUGAUGGGAGAAGUUGGGAAGACUACUGGAAUCCCCAUCCACGUCUUUGGCACGGAGACUCACAUGACAGCCAUUGUGGGCAUGGCCCUCGGCCACCGGCCCAUCCCUAAUCAGCCACCCACAGCGGCCCACACUGCAAACUUCCUUCUCAACGCUAGCGGGAGCACAUCGACUCCAGCCCCCAGCAGGACAGCGUCUUUUUCUGAGUCCAGGGCUGACGAGGUGGCACCUGCAAAGAAGGCCAAGCCUGCCGUGCCACAAGAUUCAGUCCCAAGUCCAAGAUCCCUGCAAGGAAAGAGCGCCACCCUCUUCAGCCGCCACACCAAGGCCAUCGUGUGGGGCAUGCAGACCCGGGCAGUGCAAGGCAUGCUGGACUUUGACUACGUCUGCUCCCGGGACGAGCCCUCGGUGGCUGCCAUGGUCUACCCUUUCACUGGGGACCACAAGCAGAAGUUUUACUGGGGACACAAGGAGAUCCUGAUCCCUGUCUUCAAAAAUAUGGCUGAUGCCAUGAGGAAGCACCCAGAGGUCGAUGUGUUGAUCAACUUCGCCUCUCUCCGCUCCGCUUAUGACAGUACCAUGGAGACCAUGAAUUAUGCUCAGAUCCGGACCAUCGCCAUCAUAGCCGAAGGCAUCCCCGAGGCCCUCACCAGGAAGCUGAUCAAGAAGGCAGACCAGAAGGGAGUGACCAUCAUCGGACCAGCCACUGUUGGAGGCAUCAAGCCUGGGUGCUUUAAGAUUGGGAAUACUGGUGGGAUGCUGGACAACAUCCUGGCCUCCAAGCUGUACCGCCCAGGCAGCGUGGCCUACGUGUCCCGUUCCGGAGGCAUGUCCAACGAGCUCAACAACAUCAUCUCUCGCACCACGGAUGGCGUCUAUGAGGGCGUGGCCAUUGGUGGGGACAGGUACCCCGGCUCAACAUUCAUGGACCACGUGCUACGUUACCAGGACACGCCAGGAGUCAAAAUGAUUGUGGUUCUUGGAGAGAUAGGGGGCACUGAGGAAUAUAAGAUUUGCCGGGGCGUCAAGGAGGGCCGCAUCACAAAGCCUGUGGUCUGCUGGUGCAUUGGGACCUGUGCCACCAUGUUCUCCUCCGAGGUCCAGUUUGGCCAUGCUGGAGCUUGUGCCAACCAGGCUUCUGAAACCGCAGUAGCCAAGAACCAGGCUUUGAAGGAAGCAGGAGUGUUUGUGCCCCGGAGCUUUGAUGAGCUUGGAGAAAUCAUCCAGUCUGUGUAUGAAGAUCUCGUGGCCAAAGGAGCCAUUGUGCCUGCUCAGGAGGUGCCGCCCCCGACAGUGCCCAUGGACUACUCCUGGGCCAGAGAGCUGGGUUUGAUCCGCAAACCUGCCUCGUUCAUGACCAGCAUCUGUGACGAGCGAGGACAGGAGCUCAUCUAUGCAGGCAUGCCCAUCACCGAGGUCUUCAAGGAAGAGAUGGGCAUCGGUGGGGUCCUCGGCCUCCUCUGGUUCCAGAAAAGGUUGCCCAAGUACUCUUGCCAGUUCAUUGAGAUGUGUCUGAUGGUGACAGCUGAUCACGGGCCAGCAGUCUCUGGGGCUCACAACACCAUCAUCUGUGCCCGAGCUGGGAAGGACCUGGUCUCCAGCCUCACCUCAGGGCUGCUCACCAUUGGGGAUCGGUUUGGAGGUGCCUUGGAUGCAGCAGCCAAGAUGUUCAGUAAAGCCUUUGAUAGUGGCAUUAUCCCCAUGGAGUUUGUGAACAAGAUGAAGAAGGAAGGGAAACUGAUCAUGGGCAUUGGUCACCGAGUGAAAUCAAUAAACAACCCAGAUAUGCGAGUGCAGAUCCUCAAAGAUUAUGUCAAACAGCAUUUCCCUGCCACCCCUCUGCUCGAUUAUGCACUGGAAGUGGAGAAGAUUACCACCUCAAAGAAACCAAAUCUUAUCCUCAACGUAGAUGGUUUCAUUGGAGUUGCAUUUGUAGACAUGCUUAGACACUGUGGGUCUUUCACUCGGGAGGAAGCUGAUGAAUAUAUUGACAUUGGAGCCCUCAAUGGCAUCUUUGUGCUGGGAAGGAGUAUGGGCUUCAUUGGACAUUAUCUUGACCAGAAGAGGCUGAAGCAGGGGCUGUAUCGUCAUCCAUGGGAUGAUAUUUCAUAUGUUCUUCCAGAACACAUGAGCAUGUAACUGAGUCAGGAACCCUGUUGCAGUAAACUGAAGACAAGAACUCUUCCCCCUGGGAAAAGGGUGCAGACAGCUGGCAGUGAAGCCUGCCAUAAGAUGGCCUGGAAUGUAAACAGCCACUGGUGUACAGGCACUGAAGGCCAACACCCAGAGGCUAACACUUGUUCAGUCCACACAAAGAAGCUUAAUAUUUUUUUUAUAAGCAUAGAAAUAAAAACCAAGCCAAUACUUGCGACAUUUGCUCUGCUACCUGCUGUAUUUAUUAUAUGGAAGCAUAUAAGCACUGUCAGGAUAGUGUUCUUCCUCAUUGUAGGGUGUUAUGAUGUUGCUUUCUUUUUUCAUUAGUUACAACAAUUUUUUUUCCCUUGGAGGAAGGGAAUGAAAUUUUUAAGACCUCAAGAUACCAUACAUUUAAAGCACCCCUGAUGUCUUGUUUUUCCACUUCCCUUUCUUUCUCCUUACAUAACAUGAAGAACAUUGUAUUAAUCUGAUUUUUAAGGAUCUUUUUGUAUGUUAUGUGUUAAGGGUUUGUUUGGUAUCCCGCUGAAACGUUAUGUGUUGCAGAUCAAAGUCUGCUUACGUGGAGGGGAUGGGACCAUUGCAUCCUUAACCACUGUCACAGAAUAUGUGGAGUAGUAAUUUAAAAUGUAAAGUUGUAACAUACAUAUGUUUAAAAUGGAAACGCAAAGAAAAAAGCUGUGAACUGUCUUGUGUCUUAUGUUCUCUGUAUUUAUGCAGCUGACUUGUCUGUAACUGAAGUGUGGGUCCAAGGGCUCGUCUCCAGCUGCUUUGCAUCUGUCAUCCACAAAGAUUUUAGGCAGCUGCCACCUCAGUCUCUUCUCUGUAUUAUCAUAGUUUGGUUUAAAUAAACUAUAUAGUAACAAUGAAGGCAUA